AUGCAGAAACCGCUAUUGUAUGUAACUCAGUUCCUUACAUUAUUCAGCGUAUUUCAACAAGGGUUGAGCUAUUUUUUGACCGUUGACGCUCACGCUGAAGAAUGUUUUUUCGACAAAGUCGAAGUCGGCUCUAAAUUGGGUCUGAUGUAUGAAAUAUCUGAGGGUGGUUUCCUGGAUAUUGAUGUCAAAAUUAUUGAUCCCGAUGGUGAAUUAAUAUACGAAGGAUUGAGGGAGUCUAGUGGAAAGUAUACAUUUGCUGCCACUAAGAAAGGAGCAUACACAUACUGUUUCAGUAAUCAAAUGUCUACAAUGACACCAAAAGUAGUUCUAUUCAGUAUGGAAGUAACUGAACCAGAAAAAGUAGAACUAGAAAAAGAUAGUCCAACUGGUGAAGAAGGUGAACAUAAAAAAUUAGAGACCAUGCUUCGAAAUCUGGGAUCUGCAUUAACCAGUGUUAAACACGAACAAGAAUAUAUGAAUGUGCGCGAUAGAAAUCACAGAGCUAUUAAUGAAUCUACAAAUAAACGUGUUGUGAUGUGGUCAUUCUUUGAAUCGUUUGUAUUGCUUUCAAUGACUGUUGGUCAAGUUUAUUAUUUAAAAAGAUUUUUUGAAGUUAGAAGAGUUGUAUAA